AUGGCGCCCGAGUCCAUCUCGGAUAUGCACGCAAUGGUAGCAAAGUACAGCGUGAAUCUCCCAGUUCGUCCACAGACUUCUGUGGGGCGCCAUAUGGGUGACGUUGUACUCGUCACGGGCACGACGGGAAGCCUGGGGUGCUACCUCCUAGAAGCACUCGCCGCCGAGCCAGAGGUCGUCCGGGUGUACGCGCUGAACCGAGCAUCGAGGGACGGCGUCUCGCUUCGAGCCAGACAGCGCGCAGCGCUGGAUGAACGCGGGGUUGAUGCGAGCAUAUUGGGGCAGGAAAAGGUCGUAUUGUUAGAGGGAGAUCUGACCAAACCGGAGUGGGGAUUGGCACCAAACGUCUACGAAGAGCUGCACAAGACUGUGACCCACAUCAUACAUAACGCCUGGCGCGUCAACCUCCUCGCACACCUCCCGAAGUUUGAGGCCAAUGUCAAGGGACUUCGAAGCCUCAUCGACUUUGCACUGACCUCGCCCCAGCCAUCUCCGGCACACCUCCUUUUCGUCAGCUCCAUCAGCGUCCUGUUUGACGCCCCGCUCGACGGGAAAGUCUACGAAGGCGCCGUCCCGCCUGCGUACGCCGCCAGCGCAGGGUACGGCGCGUCGAAAUGGGUGGCCGAAGAGAUCCUGUACGCCGCAGCGCGCACGACCCCGCUCGCCCCGCUCGUCGCACGCGUCGGCGUGAUCUGCGGCGGCCCCAGCGGCUCAUGGAGCACGGACGACUGGGUCCCCGCGCUCGCGCAGAGCGCACGGCCGCUCGGAUGCUUCCCGGACGACCCCAAGGCAGUCGACUGGAUCCCGUUCGACAUCGCGGCGCGCGCGCUCGUCGAGCUGCGCGGCGUGUCGAACGCGGCGCACACCGCGCACGUCGUGCACACCCGCCCGGUGCCCUGGUCCACGCUCGCCGCGGCCGCGGCCUCCGUGUUCGCCACGCCGCUCGUCCCCAGCACGCGCUGGCUCGCCGUGCUGGAGGCGCACGCACGGCGCACGGCCCCGGCGCCGCGGCUCAUGGCUGCGCAUCUGCUGCCGUUCUUCGAGCGGCAGAUACGGCGCGCGGAGAGGAGCGCGCUGGCGUUUGGGCUGCGGGACAUGGACACGGCGCGGGCGCGCGAGGGCUCGCCGACGCUGGCGGACCCCGCGCUGCGCCAGGUGGGUGCGGAGGACGUGCGGAGAUGGAUCGUGUAUUGGGAGAAGGUGGGUCUUUGGGACAAUGUGGAGCAGGGGGAACAGACCUUGUCUGCUCGGCUGUAA